AUGACAACAAACCAGGCCGAUUUUUCAGCCUACUCUGACGCCUCCAGCUCUUACUGGCCCCCAGGCUGGAACUUUGCGCGGUUUGCCCGCGCUACACCCGCAGACAACGCCACGCUGUCCGAUGAAGAACGAGCGAAAAUGCAGGCCGGGUUUCGCGAUGUGCUGGGUGAAGAGGGCGUCGCUGAAAUGGCACGUGUGGUGUGGCAGGAGCAGUUGCGUGUAAUGAGAGCCGAAAAGGAAAAGAAAAAUACUGCAGGACGCGCUCCGGCGGCGGCGCCGCCACCGCCAGAGUGGUUGAAGAUUUGGCGAAAGAGGUAUCGGAGCCCGAGAAAGAAUUGGGGGUUUGUGGCGCUCUGGACUGCUGCGGCUGUCUCUGCAGCUGAGCGGAUGGUGGAUUCGGAUUGUGGCUUUGAGGGCGUGGAAGAGUUUCAGCGGAGGGUGUCUGAAAUCGUGGGGAUUCCCUUUGAGGCGGCUUUGGAGCAAGGACAGUCGGCUGAAGAGGUUGAGAAUGCGCGGAAGGCGUUUGAAAUCCGAUGGGAUUGGCUAGAUAACGAAGAAGAGGAGAAAGGAAGCAGAGAGGUAAUGGCGGAGGACAUGACCAACACAGAGCUCAUUGAGCGACUACGUGCCAGGUAUCGCUCAAUACAAGAGUCCGGGUCCAUUUCACACGGUCAGUCGUUGCCUGUAUUUCUUGUUGUGUCGCCGUCGGCCGUGACCUCGGUGUUGUCCUGUACCAGGGAAGAGCAGCCAGCAACGACAAGCCGGCGCUGGCGAUCCAAAGCGCCGUUUUUACUGGCCGUUGCGGCGGUGGAGGAACAGGGUAUUGAGGAGGACGAGGAGGCGGAUAGACUGGUUGGGCGCAGUGGGGAGAAAGAUUGGUUUGAACCUGUCUUUAGGGUUGCUGUGGAGGUACUGGUGGAUGAACUCUGGCCGGUCUUUGAUGAGCAGAUUACGACGCUGGGGAGUAUGACGAGGUUUGUGCAGAGGGCGGAGGUUACGGAGGAUGUAUUAGCUGGCGGUGAUGGACAGGGCGAGGCAGAUGAAGAUGGGCUGGAUGCCAUAUGGUGGUCGGUGCAUACGCCGCCUCAUCAAAUGAGGAAGAGGAGAAGACUCUUCGGCGGCGCCUGAAUAACUCCAAUGAAUAUUUCACAACAUGUCCUUUGUCUUCCUGCGUCUGCCACCUGGUACAUACUUUGCUUCUACAGCCAGACUGGACACCAUUCUAUGCCUCUACAGUGAGUGAUAUCGGCCAUAUUUAGCCUAGAUGGUUUGAAAAUCUCCAAAAUUAUUAACCUAAAUAUAUACAGAAAUAAACA